CUUUCUCAUCGGAAACCAAACCAGAGUCCUUCCGUCUCUCUCUGUAGUAUCCUCCCACUUUCAGAAAUUGAUGUGGCUUUUACGGUUAUGCUUGCGAGAUCAAAGCUUGCUCUAGAUUUGAGCAGAAGAUCACAGUAUUUUCUGAGAUUAUCCUCUUACUGGAAUCUCCAAUCUGGAUUUUGUAGCGGCGGAGAUGAUGCCGACUUACCGGGAAACGGUGGUUCCAAUUCAGGCAACGAAUGGGAGAAGCUUCUUAAACCAUUCGAUCUCGAUUCGCUCAGAAACUCAUUCCAUAAGAUCACUCCUUUUCAGCUCUGUAAGCUACUCGAGUUACCUCUCGAUAUACCUACAUCAAUGGAGUUGUUCUCAUGGACGGGUUCUCAAAAGGGUUACCGUCACUCCUUCGAUGUUUACCAAGUGCUUAUAUGUAAGCUCGGUGCGCACGGUGAGUUUAAGAAGAUUGAUAGACUGUUAAUGCAGAUGAAAGAAGAAGGAAUCGGUUUUAGAGAAUCCCUUUUCAUUUCGAUUAUGAGAGAUUACGGAAAAGCUGGACUUCCUGGACAAACUACGAGAUUGAUGUUGGAGAUGAGAAACGUGUUUUCCUGUGAACCCACUUUUAAAUCUUUCAAUGUUGUCUUGGAGAUUUUGGUCGCUGCUUAUUGUCAUAAAGUUGCAGUUAAUGUGUUCUACGAUAUGCUUAGCAGAAGAAUUUCUCCAACGCUUUUCACAUUUGGAGUUGUGAUGAAAGCUUUCUGUGCGGUUAACGAAAUCGAUUCAGCUCUGUCUCUACUCAGGGACAUGACCAAACAUGGCUGCGUCCCAAACUCAGUGAUUUACCAGACUCUUAUACAUGCACUGUCAAAGUGUAGUAGAGUGAACGAAACGCUUCAACUUCUCGAGGAGAUGCUUCUGAUGGGUUGUAUUCCUGAUGCUGAGACGUUCAACGAUGUUAUCCUUGGUCUUUGUAAGUUUGAUCGGAUUAACGAAGCUGCGAAAAUGGUGAACCGGAUGCUUAUCAGAGGGUUUGCUCCUGAUGAUAUAACUUAUGGCUAUUUGAUGAAUGGACUAUGUAAGAUAGGCCGGGUUGAUGCUGCAAAGGAUCUUUUUAGCAGAAUUCCGAAGCCGAAUGUUGUGAUCUUCAACACUCUUAUUCACGGGUUUGUGACUCAUGGAAGACUUGAUGAUGCCAAAUCUGUUUUAUCAGAUAUGGUAACGUCUCAUGGUAUCGUUCCUGAUGUCUGCACGGUUAAUUCGCUCAUCGAUGGAUACUGGAAGAAGGGUCUUGUGGGUUUAGCGCUGGAAGUUUUCCGCGAUAUGAGGAAGAAAGGAUGUAAGCCUAACGUCUACUCUUAUACUAUCUUAUUUGAUGGUUUCUGCAAAUUAGGACUGAUAGAUGAAGCCUACAAUGUUCUGAAUAAUAUGUCUGCCGAUGGAUUGAAACUCAACACUGUUGGUUUUAACUGUUUGAUAUCGGCUUCAUUCAAGGCCAAUCGAAUCCCCGAGGCCAUCGAUAUUUUCAGAGAGAUGCCGAGAAAAGGCUGUAAACCCGAUGUGUUUACAUUCAAUUCGAUGAUAUCCGGACUCUGUGAGGUUGACAACAUUGAGCAUGCCUUGUGGUUACAUAGAGACAUGAUAUCUGAAGGUGUUGUGGCCAACACUGUUACUUACAACACGCUGAUCAACGCGUUUCUCAGGAGAGGCGAAAUCAAAGAAGCUCUUAAACUAGUCAAUGAGAUGGUUUUCCAGGGAUCCCCGCUUGACGAGAUAACCUACAAUGGUCUGAUAAAAGGGUUGUGCAAUGCCGGGGAGGUCGAUAAAGCGAGAAGUUUGUUCGAAAAUAUGCUAAGAGAUGGGCUUGUACCGAGCAGUAUCUCCUGCAACAUACUUAUAAACGGGCUCUGCAGAAACGGAAUGGUGGAAGAAGCCGUUGAGUUUCAGACAGAGAUGGUUCAUAGAGGAUCCACACCGGACAUUGUGACAUUUAACACUCUGAUAAAUGGUCUGUGCAGGGCUGGUAGGAUCGGAGAUGGUUUGGCAAUGUUUAAUAAACUUCAGGCUGAAGGAAUAUCGCCUGAUACGGUGACGUAUAACACUUUGAUGAGUUGGUUGUGCAAAACAGGUUUUGUUGAUGAUGCUUGCUGUCUUCUGGAUGAAGGUAUUGAAGAAGGUUUUGUUCCAAAUGUCAGAACUUGGUCCACUUUGUUGAGGAGUCUUGUUUCUCAAGAAAAACUAGAUAGACAAAGAUUUUAUGAAGCAGUUCUCUGAAAAUGAUAAGAGAAGUUUGUUUCGUUAAUGUUCACUGUGAAUGUGUAAUAUUAUCCUCAUUUGUGGGCGAAAUUAUGAUUUGUCUUCUUCAUAAAUUCAGACACCUCAAUUAUUCA